AUGGCAGUUACAACGAGUGCAGCAGCAAUAGGAGCAGCAGCACUGCAUGCGUUUGCAGACGACAAUGACAACAUAGAGGCGGAGAUCAGCGCGCUACAGGAUAAGAUCUGCGAGCUGCAGGCCUGCCUUCUCGGCCCGGGCCUUCUAAACCCAAGCCCACACGCGGCUGACACGCCCGCACAAACGCUUGCUGCGUCCACAUGCACAGAGGCCUUGCUUCAAAGUGCCUUUGCGAGUGAUACUACUGCUGCUACUAGCGAUGCGUGCGUGCUGGAAGCCUUGAGUCGGAGCCCUUCCAAGGGUUCCACCCUGGACGACUCUCUCCUGUUGGAUUCCGUGCUUGCGGACGCUCUGCUGCCACAACUGCUGCCUGCACAACAACCAGUGGCCGAAGGUGCCUUGGCGCGCAGAGGUAGCAGCAGUGAUGCGGCGAGCACGCUGAGGCUGCCAGAGGAAGCAGCAGCGUUGAGGCGGAGUGCACCAUCCAGAGGCUCCAACCUUCCCCACUCCUCGCUCCUGCUGGAUGCCGCCCUGCUGCCCCAACGGCUUGCAACGACGGAGCCAGCGCCGGCAGAGUCAGUGCCGGCAGAACCAAUGGUUGCAGAGUAUUCGCCGCCAGCACCUGAUGAUCCUGCUGUGAGCCCCAUGCAGUUUGCGAGGACCAAUGGUAAGCGGCCGCGAUCGCCGCUAUUGGUGCCGCCCGAUGGCCUGUAUCAGCAUCGGGAGAGCCUCUAUCGUCAGCAGCAGGAUGAGCAUGCGCACGCGCAUGGCCUGUAUAUGCAUCACCUCUCUCUAGGGCAUCAUGAAGGCGGGCGGGGCAUCUCGUCUCCUACCGUACCCACCUCCUGCCCCUCUCCGUGCUGCUCCCCCCGGCCCAGUCGCAUCAGCCCUCCCAGCCUUGCGUCCCUUGACCUGCGCUGCGUUGCCCACACUCCCGAGGCAAGCCCCCAGACUGCGCUGGAUUCGUCCCUGCAGUAUCACCUGCAGCACCACUCGAUGGCCUGGCAGAUCGACGGCCGUCUCUUUCUCGUCAGUCCCUGUCCCCCGGGUCUCCUCUCUCCCGCUGCUCUUCCUGGGGAGCGGGCAGCGGAGGCAAGGGGUCCACGUGCUUUGCUCCAGCAGAACGCCAGGAGGAUUGCAGCAAGCGAUCUGGUGGUGUUGGGGCCGGUGUCAGCAGCUGUGAAGGCCCACUCGCUGGACAGCCACCCGCUCAUCCCCUCCUUGACUCUCCCUGGCGCCUCUGUGAGCCCGAGCGCGCUGCCGCCGCACCUUGCAGCAUCGGAGAUUGCUGCUCGGAUUCCCGCCGGUGCUGCCGCGUUUGCGCCUGUCGCGCUGGGGCUCCGCGUGCUAUUGAAUCCGUCCGGCGGAGCGCGAAAAGUCACUAUCCCGGUUAUAUCGCCGGCUGCUCACCAGCAGCUGCUGACGUGGCAGCAGCAGCAGAGACUGCGGACGUGGCAGGCGCGGCGAAAUGCGUACGCAAUUGCGCUCCAGAAGCAAGAAGAGGAGGAGGAGCAGCAGCAGCAGCAUGAAAGGGAGGAGCUAUCACACAAUGGCGGAGAGGGAGGAGCGGGAGGGGGAGUGGGAGCAGAGGUAGCGGCAGGAGCGACAGGAAGGACAGAGAGGGCAGCGGGAACAGAGGGAACAGAGGGAGCAGGGGGAGCAGAGGGGGACAACACAGGCGAAGGGUGCGAGGCUCUUCAAGAGGGGAGCGAUUUGUCUCAAGAGGGGAGCGAGGCAGCAGUGGAUGCGGCAGUGGCGGCGGUGAACCAGGCGGGUCAACGGCUAGUUCUCAUGAUGCGCUCCGUCGACAAGCACCUCUCCUUCUGGCGCCGCCUCGCCCUCGCGUCGCCCUCGCAGCAGCUCUGGAUCGUGCUCUUCCGACGCGGCCCGCUCGCCUUCCUCCACACGUCCCUCUCGCUCUCUCUCUCACUCGCUCUCUCCGCCGCCAACCGCUACCUCCUCCCUCUCCUCCCGUCUCCCACCCUUCCCCCUUCCUCCUCCUCCCGUCCUCCUCCCGCCUCUCCUUCCUCUAACCUCGUCCAGCCCAGCUCUCCCCAACCCUCCCACUCACUUUCUGCAAAUCGCGUUCUGACACCAGAGGGGCUGCUGCUAGGCCUGGCAGCGCCGAGCCUGCAGGGCUUGGUUCGGGAGAUGGUGGCAGAGAAAGUGGUGGUGCUGGGGGAGGUGCAACUGGCUCUGAGCGCCGCUGCUGGGCAGGUAAGGGAGAAGCGGGGUUGGGGAGUGGGGGAAGGGGGUGAGCAGGGGAGAAAAGAGGAAGGAGGCGUCUACCUAUCGUCAGCUGUAAUCCCUGCCCCAUCCUCCCUCGCCCUCUCUGCCCUCACCACCACCACCGCCACCAGCAGCAGCAGCAUCAUGAGCACAUCUCCUCCCGACCCGCUCGCUCUGCUCUCCUCAAUCCUACAAGCCUGCCACGUGGCAGUCACACAGGCCUCAGGGAUCUACGGGGAGAAGCCCACCUCAGGAGCAGGGGGGCCAGAGGGGACGGUGGAGAGUGGUGGUGCUUGUAGUGAAGCAGUCAGUAACGAGGCAGGUGGGGAGUUGGGCGGUGCUGGGGUAGCAGAAGAUGGCAGCGGGCUAGGUGUUUCAACACAAGGAGCAGUGCCCGCUGCUGCAGUGGUUUCCCCAGCCGUUGUGUGUGGGCAGGCAAAGCAGCUCAACGAGGAUGUGAAGGGUCUGCAGAAACUGGUCUCUGCUGCGGUAGGUGCCGGCUGGGGUGGGUGGCUGCUGGGGUGGGUGACAGCUGGGAAAGGUGCGCGUACAAGCAUGGAUGUGUACGAGAUGCGUUACGGCAGGAAUUAUGGUCGCCGUGAGGCGGAUCGCUCGCGGCGCGAACGCUCACGUGAGCGCGGGCGCUCGCUGGAGAGGUCGCCGCGGCGGCCUGAGCGAUCGCCGCGGAGGCCGACCUUUCGCGCGGAUCAGGUCCCUCUCGCGCCAGAUCGCCAGGAGGGAGGUUCCGCCCGAGAAGGAAGAGGCGGAUCUGGAUCCGUCACGACGGGGAGUGACCCGUGGCGGACGGACGGGCGUCACGGAGCGGAUGGCGGUCGUGGGUACCGCCAGGACACGGGAGCAUACCGCUCGCCGGAGGAAGGCUAUCGCCGUCGCGAAGAGAGAAGUCGCGGGCGAGGUCUGGAGGGGCUCUUCUCGGGUCGCCAAGGCGAUCUUGAUGUGGAUGGAGAAGACGAGGCCGACUCGGCGAAUCGAGUGCGGGAGACGAAUCGUGAAGGCGAGACCAAGGGCGAUGACGAACCCCAGGAGGAAGGCGCAGGCGAGCAGCGCGAGAUGCCCGCUGGAGUUGAUGACGACGAUCCCGCGCAGGCGGGCGUGGCGGCGGAGCCGAGCACGGCGGAGGCGGAAGAAAAGGGCGGUAUACCCGAGACCUGCCGCGCGACGGAGAGAAAGGUGACGGCGGGGGGCGUGGCAGUGGCGCGCGCUCUCCAGAUCCCCGUCAGCAGCGUGACGAGGGACGUGGCGACGGCGCACGUUCGCCUGAUCCGCGCCUGA